GCGCCCGAUAGUCGGUAAAGUUCCCUUCGCGCACGCAACUUAGACAAGAUGGCCCAGAACGUCCCGGAAUUCAAGCUCAUCCUCGUGGGUGACGGUGGUGUCGGCAAGACCACCUUCGUGAAGCGCCACCUGACGGGCGAGUUCGAGAAGAAGUACGUGGCCACGCUCGGCGUGGAGGUGCACCCGCUGACCUUCCACACCAACUUCGGCCCCAUCCGCUUCAACUGCUGGGACACGGCCGGCCAGGAGAAGUUCGGCGGCCUGCGCGACGGCUACUACAUCCAGGGCCAGUGCGCUAUCAUCAUGUUCGACGUGACGUCGCGUAUCACCUACAAGAACGUCCCCAACUGGCACAGAGACCUGUUCCGCGUUUGCGAGAACAUCCCCAUCGUGCUGUGCGGUAACAAGGUCGAGGUGAAGGACCGUAAGGUUAAGGCCAAGCAGAUCACGUUCCACCGCAAGAAAAACCUGCAGUACUUCGACAUCUCGGCCAAGUCCAACUACCAGUUCGAGAAGCCGUUCCUGUGGCUGGCCCGCAAGCUUGUUGGUGACAACAACCUGACCUUCGUCGAGGCCCCCGCUCUUCGCCCGCCUGAGGUUACCAUCACCCAGGAACAGAUUGCCCAGAUUGAGGCGGACGCUAGCUCUGCUGCCGCCGCUGUGCCCCUUCCGGAUGAGGACGAGGACCUGUAAGCUGGAAAUGGUGUGCUGUCCUAUCACGCCUCGACCUGCACUUUUCGCUUAGAACUCAAGGAGGAGAAACGAAGAAGGUCGACGCAGACGGAGUUGCUGCGAUGUUGAAGCUGAGCUUGAUCGCGCGCGUCCCUGCUGCAUCGGCCGACUGGUUUGCUGCCGCUGAGGUGAUGGAACGCUGAGUUCCUUUGAAACGAUUGACAACCAGGAGACGAAGAAGAGGAAAUAGUCGCGGUUGAAUGCAUGUUGCUCUAUUUUUGAUUGCUU